UCUAUUUUUUAAUAAAGUUUAUGACUUAAGGGCAUGAUUGUCAUGAUUUUUAUAUGUGGAUACCAUUGAGACAAUUUCUGAUUUGAUGAGGGGCCAAAUUAGAAAUAGUAAAUAAAUUAUUAAUUACUGUUUUUCCAGUUAUUAAUAAAGAGGUAGGUCCCCAGUUUUGCAUCGCUUCACAUAUCGUAUUCUUGAAUCCCCAUCAUCAAGAAACUCAGGUUCCAGAGAAAAACUUUGAUGCAAAGAUUGGAAGAUCAUACCGUUCAAAAUCGAUUCUAUGGACUCCGCUGUUGCUACUGUAUCUGCUAAUCUUAAUUCAGUGCCGGUCCUUAAUGGUAGUAACUUUAAGGACUGGAAGGAGAACAUUUUUAUUGUUCUUGGCUGCAUGGAUCUUGACCUUGCAUUAAGGAUGGAUCGACCUGCUUCUCUUACAGAUGCUAGUACCUCCGAGCAAAGGAGGAUUUAUGAGAAGUGGGAUCGUUCAAACCGCAUGAGUCUUAUGAUCAUCAAGCGCGGCAUACCUGAGGCUUUUAGGGGUGCGGUGUCCGAGGAGGUCACCGAUGCCACAACUUUCCUUGCUGAAAUUGAGAAACGCUUUGCAAAAAGCGAUAAGGCGGAAACAAGUACUCUUUUAAAGAAACUUAUUUCCAUGAGGUUUAAGGGCAAGGAAAACAUAAGGGAGUACAUUAUGGAAAUGUCUCACCUUGCUUCAAAGUUGAAGGCACUAAAGCUUGAGCUUUCGGAUGACUUGCUUGUGCAUUUAGUGCUUAUCUCUCUUCCUCCACAAUUCAGUCAAUUCAAGGUCAGUUACAACUGUCAAAGGGAGAAGUGGACUCUUAAUGAGCUCAUUUCAUUUUGUGUUCAAGAGGAAGAAAGAUUGAAGCAAGAGAAGACUGAAAGUGCUCAUUUGGCAAGCACCUCUAAAGAUAAGGGCAAGAAAAGGAAGAAUGAGGCUGCUAAUGAUAAGGGUCCAGCACAUAAGAAACAAACUCAAGCCAACAACAAUGGUGGUUGUUUCUUUUGCAACAUGAAAGGACACGUGAAGAAGGAAUGUGCUAAGUACAUUGCAUGGCGAGCAAAGAAAGGGUUGCCUGAGUUACCGAAAACCAAGUGAUGCUGAAAGAAGCAUUUAUGUGGGAGACGGCAAGUCGGUGAAUGUGGAAGCAAUAGGGCAUUUUAGGUUGUUGUUAAGUACUGGUUACUAUUUGGACUUAAUAGAUACUUUUGUUGUACCGUCAUUUAGGCGGAAUUUGGUUUCUGUUUCUUGUUUGGACAAAUUAGGUUAUUGUUGUUCAUUUGGAAACAACUGCUUUAGUUUAUCUAUUAAUUCAAAUACUGUUGGAACUGGUUCUCUUAUGGUUUAUGACAACUUAUAUUUGCUUGA